AUGCGUGGCAAGCGGUUCAAUACGCCUGCGCAGUGCAAGUCGUGGGCCGUCAUCAGUAUGUGUGACCCGAGACGUUGCAGUCUUGGUGAAAUCCAAAAGUUUUUCAAGGCAGUAAUUGCUCAGAUGGGCCAACUGGGAAUGCGGUGUCCUUCGACGUUGCCACCAAUCUUGCUCAAGUCGAACCGAGGCGAUUCAGUACGUGGGUUGUUUCAAGCCGCAGUGAAGGCUGCAAACCAAGCGUUCAAGACACCGCCACAAAUCGUGUGGAUGAUCAAUCCGAUGGCCGAUGCACAAGCUUAUGGCGGGCUCAAAUUGAUGUCCGAUACGGAAGCUGGGAUGGGGAUUGUGUCACAGUGCAUGCUUUCGAAGCAUAUCCCAAAGUGCAAUCCACAGUACAUUGCCAACAUCUUGAUGAAGGUGAACACAAAGUUGGGUGGGAAGAACGGUGUCAUUAGUGGUCCACUGCCGUGUGUUUCGGCAUCACGCACCAUCAUCUUUGGAGCCGACGUCACUCACCCCAGCCCGAUGGACCGGACGCGUCCGUCUAUUGCUGCUGUUACGGCGUCGAUGGAUGCAAACUUCAUCCGUCACGCAUCGGCAAUCCGCGCGCAAGGUCAUCGGGUGGAACAAAUAGCGGAUUUGAAAGACAUGACGAUCGAGCUCCUGAAGCAGUUCUAUCAUCAGACACACGGCAAGCCUGAUCGCAUCGUGUUUUACCGCGACGGUGUGAGCGAAGGACAGUUUCACAUGGUGCUGAAUUAUGAGGUGACGGCUAUCCGUGAAGCGUGCCAGGCUCUGGAGGUAGGCUAUAUGCCGCCUAUCACGUUUGUUAUUGUUCAGAAGAGGCACAAUACGCGCUUUUUCCCUGACAAUUCGAGAGAUGCUGACCGCAGUGGCAACGUGAAGGCGGGAACUGUAGUGGAUACGGGCGUUUGUCAUCCCAUUGAGAACGACUUCUAUCUGAUGAGCCACGCUGGACUGCAAGGUACCAGUCGUCCUACGCACUACCAUGUGCUUUUGAAUGAGAUUGAGUUCACAGCCGACGAGCUGCAGACGCUGACAUACAAGCUUUGUUACACGUUUGCGCGCUGCACUCGGUCUGUAUCGAUGGUGCCGUCGGCAUACUACUCGCACCUGGUCGCGUUCCGUGCUCGUUUCUUCUUGGUGGAUGGGAGCGACACUGCUUCAAGCGUUUCUGGUGUUAGUAAUACCUCUCAGGAUACGGACACCCGCAUGUACGACGUGCACCCAGCCAUGAAGAGCGCAAUGUACUUUGUGUAA